AAGAAGAUAUUAGGGUUCUGGCUUACCACUAUCAGUAACAGAGUAUACAGUUUAUUCCUUGCUUGCGUUGUUUUUCUGCAGCUCCCAACUCUUUUCGGUUCCAAUUUGCAUCCAUAGAUAAUCAGACACUCGGUGUAGCAAGCAGAGGUAGAGAAAAUGUUGGACAUCAAUCUGUUUAGAGAAGAGAAGGGCAACAACCCCGAAAUCAUCCGCGAAUCUCAACGCCGUCGUUUCAAGGCCGUCGAGAUCGUCGACGAGGUCAUCCAGCUCGACAAAGAAUGGCGUCAGCGUCAAUUCGAGCUCGAGAAUCUUCGGAAAGAGUUCAACAAGAUCAACAAGCGAGUUGCUCAACUAAGGAUUGCUGGCGAGGAUGCAACUGCCGUGAUUAAGGACACAGAGGAAAAUAAGAGGUUGGCGGCAGAGAAAGAAGUUGAAGUUAGAGAAGCUUUAACACAGUUGAAUUCAAAAUUGGAAGUCAUUGGAAACCUUGUGCAUGAUUCGGUUCCCAUCAGUAAUGAUGAGGAAAAUAAUGCUGUGAUUAGAUCAUGGGGUGAGAAGCGAAUGGAGCCAAAACUAAAAAAUCAUGUUGAGCUUGUUGAGCUUCUUGGGAUCGCAGACUUGAAAAAAGGUGCUGAAGUGGCCGGGGGUAGAGGUUUUUACCUGAAAGGUGCUGGUGUACGCCUUAAUCAAGCUCUGAUAAACUUUGGUCUUGAUUUUCUUGAGAAAAGGGGAUAUACAGAAUUGCAGACUCCAUUUUUUAUGAGAAAAGAUAUCAUGGCAAAGUGUGCUCAAUUAGCACAAUUUGAUGAGGAACUUUACAAGGUAACCGGUGAAGGUGAUGACAAAUAUCUGAUUGCUACAGCUGAACAGCCACUUUGUUCAUAUCAUAUAGAUGAUUGGAUUCAUCCAUCGCAGCUGCCCUUAAGAUAUGCUGGAUACUCGUCUUGUUUCCGUAAAGAAGCUGGUUCACACGGUCGAGAUACCUUGGGAAUUUUUAGAGUUCAUCAGUUUGAGAAAGUUGAACAGUUUUGUAUUACAAGCCCAGAUGGAAGUGAUUCUUGGGAAAUGCACGAGGAAAUGAUCAAAAACUCCGAGGAUUUUUAUAAAUCGUUAAACCUCCCCUAUCAUGUAGUCGCAAUCGUUUCUGGUGCUUUGAAUGAUGCCGCAGCAAAGAAGUAUGAUCUGGAAGCAUGGUUCCCUGCAUCUCAGACAUACAGAGAAUUGGUCUCUUGUUCAAACUGUACAGACUACCAGUCAAGAAAACUAGAAACUCGAUAUGGGCAGAAAAAGAGCAAUGAGCAGACAAAGAAAUAUGUUCAUUUAUUGAACUCCACUCUUACCGCGACUGAGAGAACCUUGUGUUGCAUUCUUGAGAACUACCAGAGGGAAGAUGGUGUGGACAUACCAGAAGUUUUACAACCUUUCAUGGGCGGAAAGACCUUCCUACCUUUCAAGAACAAACCGGCCCCUGAAGUCAAAGGGAAGAAAUCAAAGGCCUAAAUUCAUAAUUUUAUUUUGAGUUUUCAAUGAAGAAUAGGUUAAUGAGAUUAGUUCAUGAUAUCGCAUACGCAAACUAUUCUGAUGAUUGUUUUGAGAAACUGUGAAACCCAAAUUCCAUGUCUUGAAGUUGAUGUAAUGAAUUUUAAAAGUUUGGCACUUGUUUAGUCUUGGUUUGUGUUAUAGAUACAUUUUGACCGCUGAUUUGCACCUUUA